UCGGCCGCCGGGCAGCGGCGCAGAUCGGGUUCUCAGACGGCUUCUCGCUCGCCUACUUCUCCAGCUCCUGCUCCAGCUCCGGCUCCUUGACCCAAACCGAGCGCCGGCCCACGGAGUCGUGCGCCAGCGCCGAGGCCGCCUCUCCGCGCCCCAUCCCGUCCCGCCGGACCCUCGGGGGGCAGCACGCCCGAGGCCGAAGUUGCCCUGCACGGCCGGGUGGCGAGCUCCGGCUGCAGCGGCCCCGCCGGCGGUGCGUCCCGCAACUUUGAAGAGGCGAGCAGCAGCCCCAGCAGCGGCAGCCGCAAUGACUCCCUGGCUCGGGCUCGUGGUGCUCCUGGGCUGCUGGAGCCUGGGGGACUGGGGUGCCGAGGCGUGCACGUGCUCGCCCAGCCACCCCCAGGACUCCUUCUGCAACUCUGAUAUAGUGAUCCGGGCCAGGGUGGUAGGGAAGAAGUUGGUGAAGGAGGGCCCCUUUGGCACACUGGUCUACACCAUCAAGCAGAUGAAGAUGUACCGCGGCUUCACCAAGAUGCCCCACGUGCAGUACAUCCACACAGAAGCUUCUGAAAGUCUCUGUGGCGUCAAGCUGGAGGUCAACAAGUACCAGUACCUGCUGACAGGCCGUAUCUACGAUGGGAAGGUGUACACGGGACUCUGCAACUUUGUGGAGCGGUGGGACCAGCUCACCAUCUCCCAGCGCAAGGGGCUGAACUAUCGGUAUCACCUGGGUUGUAACUGCAAGAUCAAGUCCUGCUACUACCUGCCUUGCUUUGUGAGCUCCAAGAAUGAGUGUCUCUGGACCGACAUGCUCUCCAAUUUCGGCUACCCCGGCUACCAGUCCAAACACUACGCGUGCAUCCGGCAGAAGGGUGGCUACUGCAGCUGGUACCGAGGAUGGGCCCCCCCGGAUAAAAGCAUCAUCAAUGCCACAGACCCCUGAGCGCCAGACCCUGCCCCACCUCACCAACCUCCCUCCCCACUGAGCUUCCCUCGGACACUAACUCUUCCCAGAUGAUGACAAUGAAAUUAGUGCCUGUUUUCUCGCCAAUUUAGCACUUCAAACACUUAAAAGUCUAUGCUGUCGUAUGGAGUUUAUUUGGAAACAUCCCCCUGCCCCCUCGCCCCCACCCACCCAACCCUUUCUUUUUGGUUUUGACAUCACCCAUUUCCACCCAGGAGUUUUGGGUGCCGUGCCAGAGAGAACGGGGAAAUGGACACUCCUCUUCAUGAUAACGUAACCUAUAUUUUUUUAGGAAAACAAAAAUCAAAAAACUGCCCCAUUUGGGCAUUGUAAUACCUACCCCUCCUUACUCUUCCCCACCUCAUCGUCUCCCAGACCCUCCCCCCUUUUGCCCUUCUCCACCCCAGUCCAGAAAGGAUACAGACAAGGAAGCUACAGAGAGGCCAACUGUUUCAGAAUCAGUCAAGGGCAGCGAACAGAUAGACUCAAGGUAUGCGGAAGGUCUUAUACACUGAGGAGAUGCUGCCCAUGUCCCAAGCAGACGACGUCUGUUUGUGUCUGCAUGUACGGGUGUGAGAGGGAAGGAAUAAACUACAGGAGAGGGUCUGACACGAUGUAGCACACACACAAUCCCCCCAGCCCAGCGAGGCCUUGGGUUGACCAGAUGUUUCUGCGUCUGGAGCAAGCGGCCAGGCCCGACGAACAGAACUUUCUUAGUUGGUGAAGCCUUAAACCAUCUGCCUGAGGUCAGGAGGCAAUUCGCCUGCCUUGUACAGAAGCUCAGGUAAAAGACUGAGAUGAAUGUCUUUCCUCUCCCCGCCUCCCACAAGAUUUCCUCCUGGAAAACUCCUGGGUCGAUUUUGGGCAGGAGCUUGACUUUAUGUAAAUGGCAGAAAUACUCCCACCAGACACUAUCCACAGACACAGCCAAGUAGACUUGGGUAGAAAAUACUAUUUCCAAAGUAGCAUUUAGCUCACCUCGGGGGGGAUGUGUUUGUAUACACAUUUGCAUUUACCCACACAAGGACAUAAGCUGAUUUUUUUUUACAGGACACCGAAUUCUGUUCAAUGCUGUUAAAUACGCCAAUAGUUUAAUCUCUUCUAUUUUGUUGUUGUUGCUUGUUUGAAGAAAAUCAAGACAUUCCAAGUUGACCUGUUUUUUUUUUUUUUUGCAUUUUAAUUAAAAUUUGAAAUUCUGAACACCCUCAGCAUUCCUCUAACUGGGGUCAUGUGACCUCUGUCCCUCACUUUUUCUCCUGCUUCCUUCAUGUUUGGGGCCUUCAUUUAACUGCCUUCCUGGCUUGGCUCAGAUGGGAGAUGCGAGUUAGUGGGGUCAGGGGCCUAGCCACAGGAGGGAAAGCUGCAGUGUCCUGCCGAGGCUGGACAGCCACUUUCCUGGGUUUGGGGACAGCCUGCUCCUCUCCCUCCAGCUCCCUGCUGGGUGAAUGCCACCUCCUGAGGUCCUCACCUCAUGGAUUUAAAUUGGCGGUCCCUGGGGAAGGCUGACUCAGCAGUCAGCUGUGGGGUUUGAUCUUGUUUUUUGUUUUUUUGAAAUAAAACUAUAAUAUAAAUUCUCCAAUGAAAUAAAAUUAUUUUAUGAUGUAGUGCUGAAAAUGAGAUGCCGAACGUAGGUGAUAAUGUAUAUUUUACAGAAUUGGGGGUGGUAGGAUGGUGACAUUUAACAGGAUCGCUCUCUUUUUUCAGAUUAUGGGUAUUUAUCCUCUAUUAGUAUUUGUAUCUUCAGUUCAUUCCGCUUUAGGAAACAGCUGCCAAUUGAAACAGGAUAACAAAAAGACGCAGACAACAUGUUGCGAUGUCUUGCACGCACACACAAAUGCCUAGGCAGGGAGUUUGGCAGAACCCCGGAGCGGGAAGACAGGACACGCAUCCAGUAUCCUUGGGAUUGAUUUCAGUACCUAGUCCCUUCCACCUUGUGGUCAUGACAUUUGGCACGCGGGAAACAGGAGGCUUUGCCCUCUCAAUGGGGCUGUAGGAGCAGAAGGCGCUGAGGUCAGCAGGCCAGUGGCUUUUAAGGGGUGAGCCCCAGACUUGGUGUUCGAAGAUGUUCUUUAUUUCAACCUCAAAGUCUUACAAGGUAGAACCCCCUGAUGCAACCCACACAAGUGCCCCCCCACAAUCGGCCAUCAGCCUCGCCUCCAUGAGGCAUCUGACCAUUCUUGGUCCCCAGUAGGGUCACCUCUACUCACAUAGGAGGAACUUGGGGUGAGGCCUGAGCAUGAGUCAGCUGAAAUGUCCCUGCAGACAAGUUGGCGGAGCCACAGUCCCAUCUGCCAGGCCCUGGCGAGGAGAACAGUAGGACCUGGGCAAAGGCGUUUCCUUUGCAAAGCGAUGUUGGCAGAGGGCGGUUUUGAGCUUUCUAUAAGCUAUAGCUUUGUUUAUUUCACCUGUUCACUUACUGUAUAAUUUAAAGUCAUUUAUGUAGCUGAGACACUUCUGUAUUUCAAUUAUAUCAUGAGCGUUUUAUUUUGCUAAAUCUUGUGUCAUGUGUAGGCUGUAAUAUGUGUACAUUGUGUUUAAGAGAAAAAAAAAAAAAAAAAGAAAACGAAACCCAUAUGCCGCCAUUUUCCCGAAUCAAAUUCUACAGUGGAAUGGAAGGUAAAUACUUCUACCGUGCAGGCAGCUAGACUGGCGAAUGGGGAAACUGGGAGGAGUUGGCAUUUGAGACUCCUCCGGCCUCUGCUCUGUCAGCAUCCCAGUGCCACAUGGAGUAGAAAGCAGGAGGGGAAAAGGGCAAGUGCGUCCACAGUCCUUGCUCUGCAUCAACUAGCCCUCGGCAGUCAGCUGGUCAUUCCCAUUGCAUGUCCCCCUCGUCCCUUUGCCCACCCAACUGGAAAGCCACGGUUUCUCCUAAACAUCCCAGGCCGGGAGAGCUAUCAUUCCAAGCUCUCUUGGCCUCCCUAUCCGGAAGCGCCACACCAAGGCUCCGCCUCGCAGGUCAGCGCUCCGUCUGGCCGGGGGAGUAAAUAAUACUGGGAGACUACUGAGCUUUAUCCUCACCCAGCCCCAGACCUAUCUGAUGGUCAAGCGACCACCCGCGAGCACCGUGUCUCAUACCAUGGUUCUUGAGCAAUUCAAUAAAUAAAGGAUUUAUUGGAGCAGCUCUGUCUCAGAGACACAGAGAGAGACAAUAGCCUCCCCUCCCCCGGCCCUCCAUCCUGUGCUCCACGAUCGAUCGCCAAGACAGAUUACCCUAAGAUGGCACCCACGUGUUUGGCUCCUGGCUGCCUAAAGUAAAAGUAUCACUAAAAUAGUUUCACACAAGAAAAACCCUUGGAAGAGCUGAAGGCAAAAGCAAUACAAACUGGGGGCGUGCAGGAGAGGUGGAUAUCAACAGCCUCCAAAUUGGCUCUUGGGAGGCGGGAGGAAGGAAAGAACUUAGAGACUAGUUCCUGCUCUGAGGGGAGGGGCAUCGUAGGUUCUCCCCGCCCCCUUUCCCCCUUUAGCCAGUCUGCUGUCCUGAGACCCAGAAGUGACGGAGGGAAACCAACCAGAGAAAACCCUGUCUAGAAGGAAUGUAUUUGUUGCUAAAUUUUGUAGCACUGUUUACAGUUUUCCUCCAUGUUAUUUAUGAAUUUUAUAUUCCGUGAAUGUAUGUCUUGUAAUGUUGCAUAAUGUUCACUUUUUAUAGUGUGUCCUUUAUGCUAAACAGUAAAGUGGUUUUAUUUCUAUCACACA